AUGAGCGUCUGUAUUCGCGUUCUUUCUGGUUUUCAAAUGUAUACAUUUCAUUUAUUACCUUUUGAUUCAGCACAAUUAAAUGUGCCGUCUAAUUGUUCCAAAAUAAGUAUUGAAAAUUGUUACAUAAAUGAAUUAAAAGCAAAAAUUAGUGAAUUAGUUAAUAUUUCGCCGGAUUUAUUUGAUGUUUAUUGUCAAGGAUUACAAAUGUCAGAUGAAAAAUCUCUUCAAGAUUUUGAUAUUGAUCAAGAAGAAACGUUGUUAUUGAUCAGUCGAAAUAAAUUAGCAAAAAAUGAUAAUCAAAAUACGGCAGUGGGUGAUCCAACAAAAGGUGAAUUGAAUCAAAGCGCUAAAACAAUUGAAAAAUCGUCAAUAAAUGGUCUUGAAUUUCAUCGAGUAAGAAUGAAAACAUUCAUUAUUCUCUUCAUUAUUUAUCAUGAAAAUAAUUAG